GAUCACCACCCAGCACUAUUCCAUAGAUCAAGUUCACCACUCCUUUCGUCUCCUUCUGAUUAUGGAUACCUUUUUCACCUACACUCCCACCACCACCACCACCACCACAAACACCAUGAACUUUCCUUCAACCACCACCAACACCACUACUGCUGCUGCUUCAUCUACAUCAUCAAUGCCGUCCUCUCAGUAUUAUUUUCCACCUCAUGAUGAAACUCAAACCCUGAUGCAAUUCCCAUACGCAUAUCCUUUGGAGCUAGUGCAGGCCGGUCAGCAAGGCGAGGCAUUCACAUACCCUUCGUAUCCUUUCGUAAUUGGCAUGAAUUCUUCACAGCCGCAUUUGGUACCCGAUGAGCAACAGCAAGAGAGAAGGCUUGUGGAUGCUUGGACCACCAAGGUUGCGAGAUGUAAGCGCAAAAUGGCACGCCAAAAGAGCCUUUGUUUGACCAAAGAUUCUGCUUCUUGGGCUUCCUCGACUCAGAUGAAUACACAAGGACUAGCCGUGUAUGAUGCUGAUCAUGUGCAGAACGUCAACAACGUGAAUGAAGAUCCCUACACUUUCCGCACUCCAGACAAUAAGAGGCUGAGAUUUUUGCUAAAAAAGGAGUUGAAGAAUAGUGAUGUUGGGUCUUUGGGCAGGAUCGUUCUUCCAAAGAGAGAAGCAGAGGAAAACCUUCCAAUCCUCUCUGAUAAAGAUGGAAUCCAAAUUGUAAUCCAAGAUGCGUAUUCUAACCAAGCGUGGAUUAUGAAAUACAAGUAUUGGUUAAAUAAUAAGAGCAGAAUGUAUGUUCUUGAAAAUACGGUGGAUUUUGUAAAACAAAAUGGGCUGGCGAUUGGAGAUUCCAUUACUCUCUAUGAGGACGAACUCAAGAAUCUCUAUUUCUCCAUUAAAAAGGUUGACAAACCAGUAAAUGAGCCCUUAUACAAACAACAAUAUACGAACCUCGGCAUCAACUGCAACAACUUUUCUGCACCUUUUAUGCACGAGUCUAGGGAUGAGGAAGAAGCAUCUUUAGCAUUGCUAAUAGAGCAACUCAGGCACCAGGAAGAACAAGACGCUAACAGCCUUGCAACUUUGCCUAUCGGAGGCACUUCUUCGCAUAGUCGGCUCAUUUAAUCAAUUAGUAGGCUGCUCAAAAAAAUUGUCCCAUUUAUCUUAUGAACAAUC